AUGAAGCCUAUGACUUGCCUCUUAGUCUGCAUUUUCUUGUUUGGAAUAGCAAUACAAGAAACAACUGCUAGAUGCUAUUCAUGGCCUAGAGUAUGUCCACCUUGGAAGAAAUGCAUUCCUCUCCCAUGGUACCCAUAUUACAAAUGUGUUCAAAGAUGGAGAUAUGGAAAUUCAGGAAGUCCUUGGAAUAUGGGAAUCUAUGGUAGUUGGAGUAGCUACGGCAGGGGAGGAGGGGGUUAUGGAGGUGGCGGUAUUGGUGGUUAUGGAGGCUAUGGUAUGAGUGGUUAUGGAGGUGGCGGUAUAGGUGGUUACGGAGGCGGUAUGGGUGGUUACGGAGGCGGUAUGGGUGGUUACGGCGGUGGCGGUAUGGGAGGUUACGGAGGUUACGGAGGUUACGGAGGCGGCAGUAUGGGUGGUUACGGAGGUGGCAGUAUGGGUGGUUAUAGCGGUUAUGGGUCUGGCGGUUUUGGAUCUGGUGGUUAUGGAUCUAGAAGUUAUGGCAGAAAGAAACGAGUUUAUUAG